AUGGAGUGGUUAAAGCACUCAAACCAGUCCAGUGAAAAAUGUGACAUCUGUGAUACCCCAUACAGGUUCAGAGUCAUUUAUGAUCCAAAUAUGCCAAAAAUUAUACCCUUUCCAUUAGUGUGGAACAAGUUUGUACAAGUUGCAUCUAGCACAGCCAUCAAAGCCAUCAGUAUAGUCUUGUACGUGGUAUGCAUCCUUGUUCAAGUUCCGAUUUUUUGGAAAUUUUGUGGACGUGUAUAUACAUGGGCCAUAGAUGGAAGAUUGCCUGUAAAUAAUCCUAAUUUCAUUGAUGCAUUACACUUUGGAAAUCUUAACAUGCUGGAGUUGGAUUCUUCACACCUUGCGUUGCUGAAAGUGAAAAUGUUCCUCGGCCAUACGUAUUUCAGCGGAGUCAGGUACAUUUUGGUUGGAAUCGUUAUUCAUAUUGCAUUGUUUGUUGAACGAGAAUGGGUGGUUCGAGAUGAAGGUUACCUAAAGAUAUUGCAUCGCAAAAUUGGAAAAGAACCUAAAGCGCAAUUGGUUGACAUGUUGCAAAAUGCUUUGGAUGUGAUGAGGAGACAAGAGAAUUUAAAUGAACGAGAAGACGCUGUGCAGGAAGCAAAUUUAAACCGUGCAAUUGACACCUUGCAAAAUCGCGGCGAACAAAUGAAUGCUCAAUAUGAGGAAGACUUGAGGAGGGCUAUAAACAGAGGAGAACUUUUCAAUGAUGGCCAAGCAAACAUCCACAAUGAUGACCAUGUGGAGGUGAUUCAUGAAGAUGAUGACGAUAUCGUUUUUGAUGGUGUUGUUGAUGAGGCGCCACCACCGCCAGACGCGCAUAGGGUUGUAGUUGAUGAUGGCGUUGCUUUUGAUGAGGAAGAGGACGCUGUGCAUCGGGCAAUUGAGGAUGAUUUUGAGCAAAUGGCACAAGAAGAGGAAAUCAACAACAACAACAACAACAACAACAACAAUGGAGGAGCAAUUGGAGAAAUUAUGGAGGUUUUCGGAAUCGUUUUGAAUAUCAAAACACCUCUUUUCCUCAUGGUUGUAUGUGAUUCCAUCAUUACCGCAUAUUUGUUUUUGGUGUAUGCGGUGCCCUAUAUUUUGGGUGAUUUGUUUGUGUUUAUAUCCGGCGCUGCUUUCAAGUAUGUCACCACAGCCAUUCCUGAGCCAAAUUGGAGCAUCAACAUUAAAACGGGUUACGAAUUUGCUGACUUUUCCAUCCUUACUAUUCAAGAAUAUAUUGUAAAGCCGUUUGUCAACACAUUUAAAGAUUUGGUUUACCCCCACAGUGCACAAUAUAGUCUCGUUGAUCGUGUUUUGGUUCUUGGUGUUGGAUACACAAUUAUUGGCCUCACGAUACACAAUGUCAUGAAGAGUUUGACAUCAGGGCCAAAGCCCAUCCUUGGAUCAUCGAGGAGGGUUUAUAAGAUUUUGUUUGAAUUGAGCUCGACCGCCAAGGUGUUUGUCAUUUUUGCCAUUGAAAUUUUCUUUUUCCCGGUUUAUUGUGGUUGGUUAUUGGACUUUUGUGCUGCUCCUUUGUUUCUUGAGAAAUUUACUCAGGCAACGGAGUCAGGAACCACAUUUAUCUUAUUUCUUACAUCAGUUGACACCUGGACUCAAGUGCCCUACAUUCGCACGCUGCUCUAUUGGGCUUCUGGUACUUUGUACAUGUUGUUUUUCGCCUUGUUUGUUGGUAUGGUGAGAAACACUAUAUUACGCCCCGGCGUCUUGUACUUUAUCCGCAGUCCUGAUGAUCCCAAUGCUAGAUUGAUACAUGAUGCUUUGGUCAAGCCUUUGGGGUUGCAAUUGUCGAGAAUCUACCUUAGUGCUAAAGUCUACACUGGGUUUAUCUUAUUUGGCAUUGGUGGUGUUACUUGGGGAUUGAGAUGCUUGGUUGCUCCAAGCCAUGGGAAGUACAAUGUCAUGUUACCUAUGGAGUUCCCACUAACACCAAGUGGCUUGAUCUUCAUGGUUCCAUUAGGAUUGAGCUCUGCAUUUAUAAGACAAAUGUUGCCAUUGAUCACAAAGUAUGUGCGCAUUUAUUGGAGAAAAGCGUUUGAAAUCAGUGCGCACAGAUUGAGAUUAUCUCAUUUUGUCUUGGGUAAGCCGUAUCCACAUGAGCGUGGCCACGUUGUUUAUCGUGAUUGGAAACUGCGGUUUGUGGGCACUGCAGUCCCCGACUACACCAAUCCGGUGACUUAUAGACAAGCACAAGAGAUUUUCUCAACUAGUCCCAAGGUUGAUGCUUGCUUUGUUCCCGAUGGAUAUUAUGUGCGUGCUCCUGAUAACGACACGAUCUCGAGAAAAUUCAUUAAGAAAUUGUUUGUACCUGUUACCAAGGAUGAUAAGUUGUUGAGGGAUAUUAAUGAGAAUGAUUUACAGAACUCGGGUUACGAAACACCAUCCAGUGAAGAAGAGGAAUUGAGCACCGAUGAUGCAUAUUGCAUUGUUUAUCGCCCGCCAAAUUUCAAAUUGCGCUGUUUUGGAUUGAUUUUAAUGCUUUGGGUAUUUGCUGUGCUUCUUAUCUUGUCGGUUGCUUUGGUUGCAUUGAUGUUGGGCCGGCCCUUGGCAGUUGCUCAACUGAGCAUUUUCAGCUCUACGUUGCCUUUGUUCUCACCAGGAGAUAUUAACUGGAAGUUGGCCGAUCUGGUAAGUCUUAUUUACGGGUUGUUGUUGGAGUUCAAUAUCCUCAAAUUUGCUGACAAGUGGUUCAAAGACAAGAAGCAACAAGGCGGCGGGAAUGAAGUUGAAGCGCAGCAGGCAGCAAGACCGAGAGGAGGAGGAAUUUUGGAAAACAUUUUUGGCAUUGCCAAUGCUAACCCAGUAGAUCGCGCAUAUUUGGUCAAGAUGCUUGUGUUGCCGCUUAUUCUGGCACUUUGGGUCUAUUGGAUCAGUUCAGUACAUAUGUUUUGCAUUGAUCUUCCGUUACAAGUGUGGUUCAAGACAUCAUUCACCAAGAUGGAACUCAUGCCCGUCCUUGUCCAUUUCGUGGCCUCGUGGUGGACGACAUUACCGGCAAUCUUGUGCCUUGUCAAGACUGAAAGACGAGAUUUGGAUCUUCGUCAAAGUAUAAAGUCUAUGGGAUUGGGGUACUUGUUAGCAAACUAUGCCAUGAUUUACAUUCCAGGAUUGUGUUUGACGGCAUGGAGCAUUUAUAUGAAAUGGACUCCUGCUUGGCGCAAUGGCGAAGGUCCUGGACCGGGGUAUUUCCCAGCUGUGUGGGUCUGGGCAUUUUGCACAUUUGCCGCAUAUCGAACUGUGAAUAAUGCAAUCAAGUUUUACGGUUACAUUGGGAAGCAAAUCAAGACUGAAAAGUAUGUCAAGGGGAGAGCCAUUGUUAAUGAGGAUGAAGAAGUAAGUGAUGGUGAGAGAUUAUAG